AUGGGCAAGCUACUCCCACUCGGCGCCAGGCUGCGCUACCCGAUUACUGUUACGAAGCUACUCAAGAGUCCUGGCGAUACCAUCAAGAAGCAGGAAAGCAUCCUGGAAUACUCGUACAAGUCCAUGCGCGAGUAUGGCGACCCCAUCGCCGGCGAAACUUGGCAGGAGGAGGUCACCACCAUCGCCGGCUGGGAUAGUCCCGCCGAGGGCACCCUCAAGGAAUGGCGUCUCAAGGAGGGCAUGACCCUCACGCGCGACGCCCCUUGCAUGCUCGUCGAAGAGGCCUGCUCCCACGAGAUCCAGUUCCAGGGCCUGUGUGCCAUCUGCGGCAAGGACAUGACCGAAGUCAACUGGGCCAGCGACCAGCGCGACACCCAGCGCGCCACCAUCAACAUGACCCACGAUCAGACCGGCCUCAUGGUCAGCGGCGACCUGGCCGCCCGCGCCGAGCACGAGACCCAGAAACGCCUCCUGCGCCAGCGCAAGCUGAGCCUCGUCGUCGACCUCGACCAGACCAUCAUCCACGCCUGCAUCGAGCCCACCGUCGGCGAGUGGAUGGAGGACCCGUCCAAUCCAAACUACCAGGCCGUCAAGGACGUCAAGAAGUUUCAGCUCAACGACGAAGGCCCCAGGGGAAUGGUCACCUCGGGAUGCUGGUACUACAUCAAGAUGCGGCCCGGCCUCGCCGAGUUCCUCGAAAAGGUCGCCGAGCUGUACGAGCUCCACGUCUACACCAUGGGCACCCGCGCCUACGCCCUCAACAUUGCCAAGAUCGUCGACCCUCACCAGAAACUGUUCGGUAACCGCGUCAUCAGCCGUGACGAGAACGGCAGCAUGAUUUCCAAGAGCCUCCAGCGGCUGUUCCCCGUCAACACGAACAUGGUUGUCAUCAUCGACGACAGAGCCGACGUCUGGCCGAACAACCGACCCAACCUCAUCAAGGUCGUGCCCUACGACUUCUUCAAAGGCAUCGGCGACAUCAACUCCAGCUUCCUCCCCAAGAGACAGGACAUCCUACCCGCGCCGACAACCGAGCCCGGAGCGACGCCCGCGCCGCCGGAAGCGCCCAAGCCUGUCGAUGCCAGGCCCGACGAUACGCGGCAACAACAGCAACAGCAACAGCAGCAGCAGCAGCAGCCGAACGGCAAGGUGUCAGCGCUGGACGAGCUCGUCAAAAUGAGCAGCGGGGACGACAAGGUGCUGCAGGCGGCGCAGACCGGGGAGCAGGAGAAGCUGCUGGAGCAACAGAUCAUGGAGAGGCCCCUCCUCCACAUGCAGGAGGAGCUGGACAAGCAAGACGAGCAGAAGGAGAAGGCCACAUUAGACACGGAAGACGGCCCGCACAUCAUGACGGUGCAACAUCGGUCUCAGGUUCUCCGCGACGACGAUGCGGAGCUCGUCUACCUGCAACAACACCUUGCCGAGCUUCACCGCAAGUUCUACGAGGAGUACGACGAGAAGCGCGCUUCUAUGCCGGCCCAACCCGCUCCGCGUAACAAAAAGACAGGCGGCGGCGGCGACGACACCAACAUUGACCUCGCCGCGGUUCCGGAUGUCGGUUUCGUCCUCGACACCAUGAAGGCCUCGACCCUCCAAGGCACCACAAUCGUGCUGUCCGGCCUGGUCCCGCUGGGCGUGGACGUGCUGCAGUCCGAGAUUGGCAUCCAGGCCAUGAGCUUCGGCGCUCAACUAUCCACAAAGGUGUCAAAGAAGGUCACCCACCUCGUCAUGUCCACGUCACGGCCGCGGACGCAAAAGGUCAGGCAGGCCGCAAAGAUUCCGAGCAUCAAGAUUGUCAGCCAGAACUGGCUGACGGACUGCCUAAGUCAAUGGCAACACGUCGACGAGACACCGUACCUCGUCGCGGUCCACCCGGCAGACCGACGCCGCCAUGCGGCUUCCGAGACGACGGAUGCCGAUACGGUGUCUGACGUGGACGACGACGAUGACCUCUCCAGGCCGCAUCUGACCAUCAUCGACGAAACGGGGGAGCACCGCAUCCUCGAAGAAGACGACGACGACGCCUCGGACGAAGACGACGGCGGCCAGGACGGGGACGAAGACAACCUGAUGCCCGAUUUCGAGGACGGCCAGACCAGCCCGAUAGACGACCUCAAAACAUUUGACUGGGAGGGCGUCGACGACGAGAUGAAGGAGUUUCUCGGCAGCGACGACGAUGACAGUUCGGACGCAGACACGGAGAGCCGCAGCGGCGACACCGAGGUCGGCGACGAGCCGCCGUCGUCCCAGGAAUCGGCCAACGGGGUCACCGGCGGCGGCGGCGGCGGCACUAAAAGAAAAGCAAUGGACGACGACACGGCGUCCGACGAAGGAGGAAGCGCGCUCUCCAAGAAACAGCGCGUGGCCAAGAGCCGCGGCGCCUCCAAGCUGAGCUCCGUCAGGACGCCCAACGCCGAAGACAACGAGUCGAGCAGCCUGCCCACCCCUCAAGUCACGGGCGACGAGGAGGACGUCUCGCUCGUGCCCGACAGCGCGGCAGUGGACGGGGGCGACAACGACUUUGACGAGGACGAUCUCGAGGCCGAUCUCGAGGCCGAACUAGCGGCUGCCGGGGAGGACUAG